AUGAUGAUGAUGAUAAUGGCGAUGAGGAGCUUGACAGUGUUGAUGAUGAUUGUGGUGAACAACAGGUCAGCAGCUGAAACCAGCAUGACCAUACGAACCGUGCGCCACUGCGAGCGCCUGGGACUCGGGGUCACGGAGAUUCCCUCCAACAUCUCCAGCAACACCCGAUGUCUGGAAGUUAAGCAGACGCAGAUCCGAGUGUUUCCCCACGGUGCCGUCACCAGCCUGCAGCUCCUCAAGAAACUCACCAUAUUGGAGAACGAAAGGCUGGAGAGCAUUGCCGAGUUUGCCUUCGCCCACCUCCCUCGUCUCUCUGAUAUCAUCAUCUCUGAAAACAUUGCUCUGGAGAGUAUUGGAGCUUAUGCUUUUUUCAACCUGCCCGAACUCAGUGAGAUAACCAUAACAAAGUCCAAACACCUGACGUCCAUCCACCCAGACGCAUUCAGGGACAUCGUGAAACUACAGUAUCUGACCAUCUCCAACACCGGGCUCCUCUUUUUUCCAGACUUCACCAAGAUCCACUCGGCCGCCCCCGACUUUCUGUUUGACCUGCAGGAGAACAACCACAUAGCCAGAGUCCCCUCCAACGCCUUCAGAGGCCUCUGCACCCAAACUAUCAUGGAGAUACGGCUCACCAGAAAUGGCAUCAAGGAGGUGGCAAGUGACGCCUUCAACGGCACAAAGAUGCACGGAUUAUCCCUGAGAGGCAACCAGCAGCUUACUCACAUCAAUCCCAAGGCCUUUGCGGGUUCCAGUGAGUUGGUGGUACUGGACAUCUGUCACACUAACCUCAGCUCCCUGCCUCACUCCAUCCUCGGAGGACUCCAGACGCUGAUCGCAGAGUCCGUCGAACAACUGAAGGAACUUCCUUCUCUGCAUCUUUUCACCAAACUGCAACAGGCCAGACUGACGUACCCAUCACACUGUUGCGCCUUCCAGAACGUACACAGGAACAGAUCGAGGUGGAACCCGCUGUGCUCACAGCCCAAGGCUCAGGACAACUUUAAUUUCUUCAGAGACCACUGCUCGAACUCCACAACCAUCACCUGCAGCCCGAUGCCCGAUGAGUUCAACCCCUGUGAGGACAUCAUGUCCUACGUCCCUCUGCGUGUCCUCAUCUGGAUCAUUUCUGUCCUGGCACUGCUGGGGAACGGAGUCGUCCUCCUAGUGCUUUUAGGCAGCAUCUCCAAACUGACAGUUCCUCGUUUCCUAAUGUGCCACUUGGCCUUCGCUGACCUCUGCAUGGGCGUCUACCUGGCUGUCAUAGCGACUGUGGACAUGCUCACACGUGGCGAGUAUUACAAUCACGCCAUAGACUGGCAGAUGGGCCUCGGCUGCAAGGCGGCAGGUUUCAUCACGGUGUUCGCCAGUGAGUUGUCAGUGUUCACGUUAACAGCGAUCACCCUGGAGCGCUGGCACACCAUCACAAACGCUCUGCGGCUGGACCGCAAAAUCCGCCUGAGCCACGCAUGCACCGUCAUGACAGCAGGUUGGAUCUUCUCCUCUCUGGCCGCCUUGCUGCCCACAGUCAGAGUCAGCAGCUACAGCAAGGUGAGUAUCUGCCUGCCCAUGGACGUGGAGACCCUGGAGGCUCAGGUCUACGUCGUGUCCCUCCUCCUCCUCAACAUCCUGGCCUUCUUCUGCGUGUGUGCCUGCUACAUGAGCAUCUACCUGACCGUCCGCAACCCCUCGUCCAUGCCGGCCCACGCCGACACCCGCGUGGCCAAACGCAUGGCCGUGCUCAUCUUCACUGACUUCCUCUGCAUGGCCCCCAUCUCCUUUUUCGCCAUCUCAGCCGCGCUGAAGCGCCCGCUCAUCACGGUCUCAGAGUCCAAGCUCCUGCUGGUCCUGUUCUACCCGAUCAACUCAUGCUCCAACCCCUUCCUGUACGCCUUCUUCAACCGCACCUUCAGGCGGGAUUUCUUUCUCCUGGCGGCUCACUUCGGCCUGUUCAAGACUCGGGCGCAGAUUUACCGGACAGAGAGUUUGUCGUGUCAGUAA